UCUAGUUUCGAUUUUGAAAAACACAAACUGUUUGGGGUCUACGGUGGCGUAAUUGAUACUCAUACUGUUGGUUGCGGUAUUCUGACAAAUUUGAAGAAACGAGCUUUGAUUUGGGAGUUGUGGGUUGAGAAACCAUCUUUAAUUUCUCCUGGUUGAGGAAAACUCCGUGGCGACCAGCUCAGUCAAAUGGAAGCAUUUCCUGCGAGCUCAGCUCCAGAUUGUGAGACUUGUGAGACUUGUGAAGAACUUGUUCCAGGUUGCUUUUUGUUCUUUGGAACAUGGCCGACACAGAGGUGAGCAUGCCGGCGACGCCUGCGUUUCGGGCGAUAGCGGCAGACCCUUUCGGGAUUGAUCUCUCGCUGGAGCUGCUUUCAAAGCUCCCAGCGGUCGAGCCGAGGCCUUCCAUGACUUCAGGCUCUUCCCCUGGAUUCAGUCCACCAGUCAGGCAAGCUGGCCAUGAGAAGAGCAAGAGGGGCUUCGGGUUAUGUAUCUUCAAGGCUCGGACAAAGUCAUCUGAGCUGAUGGAGAAGGUCCCUCGUCCGGCAUCAUUUUGCUAUGCCCUGAGUGUUCCCGGCCCACAGUUGACGUCUACUUCGAGCUUCGCUCAGCUGCAGGAGCCAAGACAGAUCUCUUCCGCUGAGAUACCAGAGGGCUUGCGCUGCCCAGUCCUUGGAAGCCGCCUACAAGAGAGAAGCUCAUUGGACUGGACUCCUUCGGAGUUCGGAGACUUCCUCGAGGAACUGGGGGAUUUGUCUUGGCUUUGGCGCUGUCAAUCAGCAAGGAGAGCCGCUUGGCAACAGGGCCCUGACCUGUCUAUCAAAAGGCAUGUCCUUGUGGACAUUCUACGUGGAGAUCAUACGCUGGAGAAGCUUUGGAACGACAGCCUAGCAGGCUCUGAGCUCUGCAAAGAAUUGGAGCAGGAGCCGGAGGACCCUCGGAAAGGUGGAAAGAAGACAGAGGCAACGUUGCUGGGCAGUGGGGAAGCGUGGCGAUUUCAGGACGGUUCACCCUACUUCGCAUCCGACCUCACAGAUUUGAUCAGUGUCGGCGCAAAACGCGUUGAUACUUGGUUAGCUGGCUCAGCCUGCCGCACCGCAGCCUCUGUUGCGCCACCAGCAAGACUUUCCGGUGUCCCAAACUUGGCAGGAAACCGUGUCUUUGUGGCAAUGGCAGAGGAGUAGUGAGAGUGCCAAAGUGCAUUGGAUGUGAAAAGCCCACAUGCUUGUUCUCGCAUCAAGCACCUACGCUCAGGGCUGGGCAGGCAAACAACAACUUGAGAUACAUCCAUUCGCACCUUCCUUUGUUUUACAGUCUUGUUUCGAGUCUCCG